AACCAGUACGGUACGAUCAAAAUUUGGAGGAUCGUACCGAUCUGCAUGAUCGUACUGAUCAGCCGAACCCUAAUCGACCAAUUGAAAUUGGCGAUCUUACUAAGGAAGAGUCGAUAGAAUAUCUAGUCAACAAGCGCAAAAUCAAAGAAGAAGCAGCAAAUAAUGGACGUGCAUUUAAAGAUAUUAAACAGUCAAUCUUAAGUAUUACCGAAAAGAAACUUAAAAGUGCACGAAUCGACCCAAAACAAAAAUAUCAUAAAGUAGCGUGCCAAAUUAUCAAUUCUUUAUUGACAACCAAAGAGCUUGAAUAUAUGAAAUAUUUACAAAUUUUCGAUAAUGUUGAGGAAUCCCAAUCGGUAGAAUUAUACAUUAAGACAAAAGCUGAUGAUUUUGGUGUUAAGCUAAUUGAUCUUACCCCUGCUGAUGAAUAUGAUGCAACUACUUCCAAUCAAGUGGAUACUGUUACAUUAAUAAUUAUAUGUAUCGAGGAAUAUCCUUCUAUCACUGAAGAGCCUUCACAUCAACAUCCAUCUAAUUUAAAAUCUCCUAGAGAAAAUUAUGAAAGUAAGAAUCAUAGUUCAGUCUCGAGUUAA